AGACAAAUGUAGGUCACAGCCUUCUCCAGUCAUACCCAUCUAUUCCUAGAUCCUUGCAAAUAAAAUCGUAUUAUUCUUGCAACCAAAACAGAGUAGGGAAGAAGAACAAAUUUCCACCUCUGGCUGGGAGACCAGAUUAGACAGUUCGGUUUGUUAGUAAAGAAGGAAACUAUAUUUGCAGCCACAAGAUAAUUUAAAAAGUGUUACGGAACUAAACUGAGCUGUUUUUUCUGCGUUGAGUGUGCCUAAACAAAGUGGCAGACCUUCCUGCUCUCAAGUGACUGUACCGCAUACUUUCAGAGCUGAGGUGAAACAAUAUGCUGAGCUUACCACUUUUCACCACAUAUCAAGGCUGUCUGCCUAGUUUGGUCUUAGAAGGACAAGCAGCACAAACUUGAGACCACAGAAACAAGUUCUCUGAAUGACUAAAAGCAAUGUGUGCCUGUUGUCUCUCAAAAGCUGUCUCCAAAUAAUUAAGUUAGAGAACAAUAAUAUUAACUAUUAUAAUUAUAUGUAGCUCAUAAAGUGGCUGCUUCCUUCCAGCAGCUGCCCAAACAGAACCAUGGGAAUUGUUUGGAAAAAACAUCCCCUGGCUCACGUCCCUGGCAGAAUUGGCAGUAUCCUCACCACCCAAGAGAUUGUCUCUUAAAAUGCCGGUCCGAACUUUAGUGCAUCCGUGGAGGAGAAAGCGCGCUGACUAAGCCCAUUACAUUGAAGAGAUGGUUCUCCUGGUGGCAAUAGCAGAAGUGCUGUUGGUCCUGGGUUUGGCUGUGGAGUCAGACUCUCUCUGCUCACCCACCAUGUUUUACAAAAACUGCUGGAUCCGACGCUUCCCAGGUCUUCUGGUCGACCUGCAGGAAUCACAGAAGAGGGGAGCCCAGGUACUGAAGAUUUAUGCAGAAGUCUCACCCCAACAGUGCAGCAGAACCUGCUGCCUUCUGAGGAAUGUUUCCUGCAAUCUGGCAGUGUUCUACCAUGGAGCUAUUCAUGAGAGUAUGAAUUGCCUCCACAUGUCUUGCCCAGCAUUGGAGAGUUGCAUACUAAAGGCUAGAAUCAAUGUCAUUUUGUACAACAUCACAACAGGGAUUGAUCCAGAUCUUCUUAUUUUUGAAAAACUGACACCCAAAGAGCCAAAUACUCACUCCUCACCGAGUAAAUAUGAAAAGCAAAACACUACAAAGGCCACUGAGUGGGAAAGAUGCCAGGAUCAUAAUGCCACAUCAAGUUCUCUUCUGCUCCAAGCUUCAUCUUCUACCACUAGCCACGGCUUAACAGCAAACACUUACACCUCCAGUACAAGCCCGAUGGUCAAAACCCGUGAAACUACCACUUAUUCCAGGGCAGAAACUUUUCCACUGGAUGAUAAUUUUGCUAAGAGGACAAGUACAACUUCAGUAAGCACUAGGUCAAUCACCAGCUCGGAAAAAAAGACUGUACCCUCAACUUUGAUAUCCAAAUCUGCUGAGGUGUUAUCCCACAUGCCCACUCCUCCUCGUGUGAACAGCAGUAAACAACACUCAAAUGAAACCAAAGGCUACAGUGGUAGGAAUUAUACUUCAGAUAAUGAGGCACCUGCUUGGGAAGCUGCAGCGUUGGGUGUCUGGUUGAUUCCUGUUGUUCUUUGCUCUUCUCUCAUCUUCCUUUGCUGUUGUACUGUUGCUUUCACAGCAGGGCGUUGCAGAAAUAGGAGAGGUCAGUAUAAGCCCAUAAGGAGAAGAAGAACAAUGUCAAGACAAUUCAUAAAAUAUACUACUGUCAAAGCGAACUUGUAAAAUACUGUCACCAUCCUUGUUUUGGAACAAACAGCUUUUUAAAAAUGAAUCGUGUAUACCAGCUUAUUUCUUUUACAGAAUCAAAGAUAACUUUUUCACUCAUGGUUUCAGAAUCUUUCGAUGGUGAUUUAAUUCUCGACAGAUGAAACACAAUUCCCCUGCCUCUUUGGGUGAGAAGUACACACUUCUAGCUCCCACUGCAUGCUUAGAGGUGUUAGAGCACAUUUUGGUUCAUAACCUGACCCAGGCUAAUGCCUGGGUAUAUGCUUUCCCUAACUUAAGAGAGCAGAUUCACUGCAGCUGUACAUAUUCUUUCCCCUGAAUUCGAACUAACCUGAGAAAAUUAAGUCUAUAUGCAGUCAGUAAAAUUGACUGAAGCUUUAUAGUAUCAUCAAAUCAUUUAACUCUAAUCGUCCUUUAAUUGCCCCAGAUCUAGUUGUUUCUACAAAAACUGUCCAUUUUUCUCCAACUGAGUUCUAGACUGGUCUUUUUUCCCAAUUUACCCCUAAUAUUAAGACAAAACAAUUUAGCCAGCACUUUUUACUUCUUCAGAGAAAAACACCAAAACCAACCCAAGUCCCCCAAACUACUGAAUUCCAUUAACUCAUACCCGAACACCUGAUCAUUCAAUCUUUAUGCUUUACUUUCCCCCCACUUCUCACUUCACCCUUCUGAUAACAAACACUUCAAAUGUUUUUCAAGCCCCUACAGAAGCACCUUCAGACUGAACUGCUUUUGUGGAGUUACUUGCUCUGCAAUGCGUUGACAAAUCCAUUCUGUUACUGGCGAAGGAACGCACAAACGUGGCUAACAUUUGUUCAUACCUUGCAAUUAGCAUCAAUCUGUAUUUCCACCUUGGCUUGCUUUUCCUUGCCUACUCGUAUUUAUCCUUUACGACAUUAGCUUUUUAAAACAGGAAUAGUCAAUUAAUGUAUGUUGCACAGGAAUGGACA